GACUUUUGUAUGGAGUGGAAUUGUUGGGUCAGCUUUUAUUUCGUCUCCGCAAGAGGGGGAGCCCGAGACGGUGGAACACUGGAACCAGACGUGGAACUGUGUGGGGAGAAAGGAAGAGAGAGGCUAUUCCCGGGAUUUUCUUCAGGAAAACAACAAGACGGGGUCGGCAGCAUCCGUCAAGAGAAAUAUCAAUCUUCAUAGCAAAGGAUAUUACGCGGCAAUGAGAAAGUGAAAUUGAAGUC